AUGAUGAAGUUAAGAGUAUUCACGGUAUUAUUGCUAGCGGGCCUCGCUUUUGCCGCUCCCGCCUCUAAAGAUGAUGAUGAAAAAAUUACAAUUACCAAGGAAUAUUUUCCGGAUGAAUUUGCAAUAUAUGAAAGCAAGCAUGAAAUAGUAAAUAUAGUCAUCCCACUGAAUUCACUCAAUUUUGAUGAAGAUGAUUCCAGCGAGGAUGAAAUGAACAUUACAAUUUUCUUUGUCGAAGCUGAUAUCGAUACAAACGGUAAUCGUAUAUACCAGGGUUUGUACGCCUUCAGGAAUGGUACAGCCAAGAUGAUUUUAGAAAACGGAAGAGAUGCAGCAUCGUCCGGUGACGAUAGCAGAACGGUGUAUCUCGCUGCUACCGAUGGUCUCUAUACUUACAAAGCAGAUGAUCAAACUGCUGUAAAAUAUGGAUCUUUGGAUGAUAGUAUAAUUGGUAUCGAUCAUGUAGCAGAAGGCGACGGAUUGUACAUUUUAACUAAAGAUCAUGUAGUUUAUGAAGUUAAAGACAAUGGAAACACAAAAGUUAAGCUUGAUAAUGUUGAAAAUGCCCAGCAAAUUAUGUUAGAUUAUUCCGAUAAUCUAUACUUCUACACUCCGGACAAAAAGGCGUAUGUGCGAACAGCAGACGGUGUUAUUGACAUCGAAGGGCUUCCUGAAAAUCCAAAAAAAGUAAAGUUAUGGAAACCACCAUUUAUUAUUGAAAAUGGCGUGCCCUUCCUCGUUGAUAAUGUUGCCUACGUUAUUUACUCAAACGGAACGAGUGAACUAUCCGGCUUUGAUUUUAAGCCGAAAGCUAUUCCUUCUGCGGUGGGGAUGGAGGCAAUGUUAAUUCAGUACCACGCGUACAAUAAGAAAAUAUAUGAAUACAAUAUUCUUGCUUUACUACUAGGUGAGCUUUUGGAGGAAUUGAAGAAUUUCUUAAGUGAUAAGACAAACGAGAUCCAAAAUCUAGCUACCAACAAAAGGGCCAGCCUAAGGAGAAAGGCUUAA